UACCUUUUUCAGCAGGUAUCUUCAAAUAUUUCUUUUCGUAUAACUUCUGAAAUUUGAGCUGAAUUGUUAAGCUGCAACUUUGACCAACGAAUGUCGUAUUGAAAAGCUUCAAGAUGGGUUUAGCGACAUUGGUCAUUCUGUUCAGUUUGCUUUUGAGGGACUCGAGUUGUUACAGCAAAACAGAGCGCAGAUAUGCAACAAACGAAACUCAAACUCUCUCACACAUCGACUACGCAAAUGAUGAGGACUACACCUUCAUUAUCGAGCCUGCAAUGCAUCUCAAUGCGAGCCUUCACUAUUUGGAGAUAAUUUGGACUUUGUUUGAUGUCGAAGGAAGUAUACCGUAUUGCUCGAAUGACUAUGUGGAAGUUUUCCUGACUCGGGCAAACCUCAGUAUUGGUUACUACUGUUCGGACAAUCUGGUUGGUGGGAAACCUUUUAACAUGUACUCUCACGAUGGAUACAUAAUGUUACAUUUUAUCUCUGACCCAUAUGUGACAAGAAAAGGAUUUUCCUUAAAUUUCCAGUUGAAGAGCAGAGAAAAGUCACCAUUAGGUGGCUCAGUGUCACCAAGAUGCUAUUCAAAUGAUAACGGGGGUUCAACUGGAAAUUUCUAUUCACUUGGCUGGCCCUACGGGUUUUACGGAAGCAACAUUUCGCAACCUUGCUGGACAAAGAAUUAUAUAGGGAACAAAAAGAUGAGGAUAGCAACAAUGGAUGUAAACCUGCAAACGACGUGGCCUGAUCCUUAUGCCUGCAAAGAAUCAGAUACUUUCUUUGAGAUAAAAGAUUCAAAGAGAAACUUGACAGACCUCCAAUCUAUCAUUCAAAAUGCAACUAAUGUGUUUCAACGAAUAUGUGGAACAACAAAUGCAAUUUUCCAUGUCUCUAGAAAACCAUUUGUUUACAUGUAUUUCAAUAGAACGCAAACGUCAUACAAAUAUCGUGGUGUUGUCAUUGGUUACUUGGUGUAUGGUGAUCCACCAUCAUUGUCACAAUCGUCCAUGUCAUCAGUCAUAACACCAACAGCAACAAAGUGGUCCAGGUGGUCGCAUUGGCAGAAGUGGUCAAAAUGGUCGCAUUGGGAGAAGUGGUCAAAAGAAGAGUUGAAGAAAAAGAAGAUUCGAGAAAGAAACAUUGCAAUCGGUUCUGCUGUUGGAGCCUUAGUUGCUUUUAUUGGAUCAAUAAUUGCUGGUAUAUACAAAGGCUAUUGCAAAUGUGAGUCUUGCCAGAAGUUUGUCAGUUGGUUGCCAGUUCCACACACUAGGUUUCGUAAUUCACAAGAAGAAUGAAACUGAUCAGACCGAUCCCUUUAACUAUAAUCACAAUGUAUCUGAUUAAAAUAUACAAACUGUCUUACAGGCAAUGCAAACUUGGGUAAACUAUCUAACUUGGAUUCAGUUAUACUGAAGAGAAGAGAAUAUUGUAGUCGAGAGCAUAUUUUUAUUUUUGUACUUAAAUUUUGCUUAUUGUGCUCAAACUACAAUCAUUCUUUUCCUUUCAUGGUGUUAAUUUUUCAAGCAUUUAAGGUGGGACCCCAUUUUUAUUUGUGGAAGGCUCGGCGAAUUUUUCGCUACCAAGAAAAAGGGAUAAAAACUGUAAACUUAAUGUAUGUAAAAAGUUUUCGAAAAGAAGAAAAUUCCUAAAAAAAUUUUCCAGAGAUGAAUUCUCAAAACAAUUUUCAUAAAUACCAAUUUUGUUCUAAAUAAUGCCUAAGAGAUUAUUUUAUUCUAUUUUAUUAAGAAAACAUUACACCUGUGAUACAAUUCAGUCUAGUAAAUUUGCUUCCACUCCUACUUCUCUAUUUCCCAAGCAAAAAAGAUUAUGGCAUAUUAUCUUAAAUUAGGCAGUGAGAUUGUGACAAUGUUGUUAUGAGCAAGACUCAGCUUGAUUUUUAUCCCAAUGCAUGUCAAGUUGACUAAGAUCAUAUUGAAAUCGAAAUACAUUGCUUUUAACUCUUGUUUGGCCUAAGCCACAUUAUGCAAGGCAAGUACAGUCAAAUCUGUGUAAUUCCAAAUCUCUAGUAUACUUACUCCAUGAGCCUCUGUUUCGCUACUGCCUCACUCAACUGACGCUACAACAUAUUCAGAUUCAACUGUUGUAGCGACUAUCAAGUGAGGCAGUAGUGAAAGAGAGGUUGGUCAUGGAGUAAGUCUAAGUCUCUAGGGGAUUGUAAAAAUCGAAUUACGAAAUCUUCUUUUUACAGAGGUUCGAAUCAAAGAUGCUUGCUUUCAAGG